UGGGUCUUACUCAACCUCAGGGUUGGGCAGAAACGUCUUAUAAUUGGACUCUUCCAUCUCAUCCCACUGUAAACAAAAAUGACAACUAAAAUUCAUCUCCUUCCUUCCUUACCUUCUAUUUCGUCUUCCUUAAACCCAACCAAAAUCCCUCAACAGCCAACACCGUCCGGCGUUCUCUUCCGCCAGAAACUCAUCCACCUUCAAACCCUCAACAUCAACCCUCACAAAGCCCUUAAUCAAAACCCUGAUCUCCGCUCCACUCCUCUCGCCUCCCUCAUUUCCCUCGAAGACUUUUUCCUCUCUCUCGGUCUUACACGCGCCGCCCUCGGCCGCAUUCUCGACAUGCACCCCAAACUCCUCACCUCCAACAUUCACUCCGAUCUUCAACCUAUUAUUCAAUUCCUCCUCCACGAAGUCCUCAUCCCCUCCCGCGAUCUCCCCAAGUCAAUCACGCGCUGUCCGCGUCUGUUGGUCACUGAUGUCAUAACCCAAUUGCGUCCGACCUUUGAGUUUCUUAGGGAGUUUGGCUUUGUGGGUACAAACAGAAUUAGUUGCCAGACUACGCUAUUGUUAGUUUCUAGUGUGGAGCGGACGCUGAAGCCCAAGAUUGAAUUUCUAAAGAGUCUGGGGUUUUCGGAUGAGGAAGUGGAGAGUAUGGUGAUAAGAUCGCCUGGGUUGUUGACAUUUAGUGUGGAGAAUAAUCUGGUGCCGAAAUUUAAGUUUUUUGUGGAGGAAAUGAAUGGGGAUCUGGAGGAAAUCAAGAAGUUUCCGCAGUAUUUUUCGUUUAGUUUGGAGAAGAAAAUUAAGCCCAGGUAUAGGGUUUUGGUUGGGCAUGGAUUAAAGCUUCCAUUGUCGAACAUGUUGAGAGUUAGUGAUGGGGAGUUCAAUGUCAGGUUGAUUGAAUUGCGGUUACGGUUGGCUGAGAGGAAGAGAUAAUUAUUGUAAGGGUGCUGCUAAUUAUUGAAAGAGAAGAUGGCGAUUGUAUCGAAAUAUUUAUAUGUUCAGCAGAGAGAAAUGAUAGAUUGGCCAACAAUCCAACUUCUUAACAGCUCUGAAAACAAAAAUCUUGCUCCCUUUUUCUGUCCAUCAUUAUUCUUAUUCUGUAGAAGAAUUAUUCAGUAAUCUUCAGACCAAACGCAAUGGAAUUGGAGAGAGAGAAAGUUGAUCGAGAGGAUCUACAGUGGGUUUUUGAAAGUUCAUUACAAUCAGCUCAUUGACAAUGACAAGUCUGGGUGUCCAGCAGUCUUCAAAGAAGAAAAAAAUUGAGGAUCUUCCCAGGAUGUUCGCUUGUACCGAAAGAUUCCUUGAGCGUAAGGAAGCUAAUGGUGGGUAUUUUAAGCAACAUGUUACUGAAGAAGGCAGAGCUUUGAUUCAACAUGUCUGAUGAAGUUGGUGAUAAAUAGAAUGUGCAGGAAGAAGUUGAGGCCUGCUUCGGCGAAAUAAUAGAGUUGCACGACAAGAUCAUGACAUGUUUUGGAAACCGUAAGCUUUUUCAUAAGGCCCUGAAAGAGGGUUUUGAAAUAUUCUGUAAUAAAGCCAUUGGAGGUGUUUCAAAUGCAGUAAGUGAUGGCUACACACAGUGACAACUAUAUCUAGGAAGUGGGAAGGCAAGAAAUUGAGUGAUGAAAUUGUGGAAGAAACAUUAAACAAGCUGGUUAAUCUACUUGGCUGUUUCAGUGAAAAAGAUAUUUUCAUUGAAUUCUUCUGGAAAAAGCUUGCUCAAGACUACUGUUUGACAAGACUGGCAAUAAAGAUCAUGAAAAGAGCUUAAUCACAAAGCUACAUCAAUUUGGUGGAUAUUUUACAUCAAGAGGUGCAAAAACCUUUAAGAAGUUUUAUGGAACAAAAUCAAACUAUAGAAAGCUCGCAUGGAUUUUUUCUCUGGGGUAGUUGCCAUAUCAAGCAUCUGCAGGAAGAUAGAUCGAGUUUCUCAGAGACCAUGACUCAGUUGAACUUGAGCAAAGAUGAUGUUAUUAGAGCUCUACAUUUUCUUUCAUGCGAGAUGCAUAAGAUCCUCAAUAAGGAGCCGAAAACAGAAACUAUUGCUGAGACUGACACUUUCUCAAAAUUCCUAGAUAAAAUGAGGAGAAUCAGGAUCCCUCAGACACUUUCCAAUUCAUAUUGACACUGCAAUUGUUCAAAUAAUGAAGGGAAGUAUUGGA